AUGACUCCUCGCACGACGGAUCCGCAAUCUCGAGCCUCGGCGGCAUGUACUGCCUGUCGCGUACGGCGUACCAAGUGCAUCGUGGAUCCGGGACACGCGUCUUGCGACUAUUGCCAGAGCAAAGGCAUGGAUUGCACCUUCCAGGCGCUCGAUGAUCGCAAGAGACCAAAGUCCAAGGUGUACCUCAACUCACUACUGGAGAAUAUCCAAAACCUCGAACAACGACUCAGGGCUGCUGGACACGAGCCUCCUCAAUUCCAACAAAGAGCCACCCAGGUUCAAACAGCCCAGCAGCCUCGACGAAACAUCUCUCUGCGGGACGAAGAACCUUCAAGGAAAACAGAUCGAGCGAUCGAGAACUCUCGGUCGCUUCCUAUCAGCCGAUUAGAGAAUGCCUUGCAUCCGGUCCUCGAGGAGAAUGGUGCACAUGGCUCACCUGCUUCGGCCAGUGCCACCUUGGAGUCUGUCCCAGAGCCAUCAAUUCUCGCUUCGGUGCGAAGCCACAACUCAGUGCGCCAACGGAGCGGUUCGGAGCCAUACCAGAUCAGCAACAGACAGAAUACUGUGUGGAACACGAUUCUUGGUGCUGACCGUUUUAUUUAUGACCGAAGGAAGGGACGUAUCCACUAUUUCAGUCCGUCCACCUGCUACAAGAGAUAUCAAAGCUCCAACGACCAAGGAGACCUCGAACUGUCCCAUUUAGACAAGCACUCGUACAAAAUACUCGCAGAAAUCCCCAUGGAUCUGGAAAACUAUCUGAUGGACCUGUUUUGGAGCCGAUACAACAGCACACUAUGUGUCAUUGACCAACAAGCAUUCUGCAAUAACCGAGCCACUGGAAGUUCAACGUACUAUUCUGGAUUCCUCCAUCUUACUUGCCUCGCCAUGGGUUUUCGAUUUGCAGACAAGACUCGUCGGGGAAUCCAACAGAUCACUCUCAACGACACUUACAGCGUUUUUCAGCGAGAAGUAAAGUUUCUGAUGGAGCGGGAACUCGAAGAUCCCCGGGGUCUCACCCUCAUCCAAGCCAUGCUAGUCUUGAGCGACCUGGAAUGUGCCUGUGGCAGGGAUGAUCUGGCGGCGAUGCACAUCGCUACUUCCUGCCGUCUUGCUUUCGACUUCGGACUCCAUCUGGACUGUUCGAGAUUUGGGCUGUCUGCGGCGGAGACGAAAUUCCGGAAAAAUCUGCUUCGUUCGUGCUUGGUAUACGAUCAGGGAUGGGCGUUGUACAUGGAACGACCGACGAACAUGAAAAUCUCCGACAUCUCAAGCUCCUGUCUGGCAAGUCGCAUCUCCCACAUCAAGGACGCCGCUGUAUCGCAAGGGAAAUCCACGAACGAGUCUGUACCCUCACACGAAGACCUUCAUGGUCAGAUAUUGGAUGCCUUGCUAGAGCUUGCGGGACUCAGCUCGAGAAUCCAAGCCCUCUCACAGCCGCGUCUCACUCUGGAGAUCAUUGCCGACGAGGAUCGUUUGAUAGACGUCGCCGCGUUGGACGCAAAGUUGAAAUCUUGGUAUUCCAUGCUUCCCCCGCGUCUGAAGUGGACAGAUGAUAAUGUCAGAGAUGCGCCGCGUCUCUUCUUCAUUAUGCAUCAACAGUUCUAUGUCGCUCAACUCAAUCUCCAUGGGGGUUACGGACGUUACGAAGACGCGCUCGGAGUAGAGACGGGGAAGUCUCACGGAUAUGGCAGAGCGGAAGGCGAUAGCAGCAAUGUCAGCGCGGUGCAGCACCUGGCUCGAUCAAUCACCAUGAAGGCCGCCAUAAAGAUUGCACUGGCCUUCUCGACGUACCGAAAAAGAUUCGGUGCCUGCGAGACUAGCAUCUUCUCUCUUCAACAAGGCGGCACCGCCCUCCUGGCUUUGAUGUCUACCACCAAAGUCAGCAAAGAGGCAGGCAGCCGAACCGCUGCUCUGCACCAUCUGUACAUGCUCACAGAGCAGGUGCGAGAGAUGUCAGAGGUCUAUAGCCCGGCCGAAGUGAUGUGCCGCGUCGCCAAGCAUGAGAUGGAGCGGCUUGAUAUCGACUUUAGCGACCUGCCGACGCCUCCGCAUACGCCGGUCGACUCGAUGUCGCCGCCGACGGUAAAUCCAGCACGACGACCAAUAUCUCAGAAUCCGUCAGACUCGGACCCUGCAACGAAGCGGCGACGUUUAUCGGGCGAUAAAGAUCGUCCUCGCAUUGCCAGUGCUCCGCGUCAAGACGUUGCCACUGUCCCUAAUCAAACCACGUCGUUCUCCGGGAUCAGAUCUUCCGACCAACAUAGUAUUAUGAACGUUCGAGCCCCAGUAUUACAACCACUAGGCUCACCGCGGGGGCAACCUUCCGGAACACUACCAUCCGACAGCUUCGGGGGUUUAGAUCCCGUUCCAGACAGCAUACUCGACCCGAACGACAUACAGUCCUCUUCGUGGUCCGUUGGACUAUCGGACAUGUCGACACUAUUUGAUUUCCCCGGCCACGACCAGAUCGGCAACGAUAUGCUCCUCCCCUUCGUCCCGGAUCCUCAUUAUCCGGCCGAAGAUGACCCGGACCUCAGGAACCUGCCGGGUGUCAUGCAGUAUGGAUAG